AUGUCUCGUACAGUGGAGUUGGGGACGCAACUCACUGCUCUGGCUGGCUGCCCUCCAGAGCAAUAUUGCCUGCUGUCAGACGCAAAUCGGGCGCUUCGAUUGUCGGUCCAAUAUAGCAAGCUUCGGAGAAACCCAGGGGGCAACUGGCGUGGAGAGACCAGGACCGACGACAUUGCAACAACAGCAGAGCAUAUCCUCAUGCACCAGGCUCUCGGUAUCAACCUGGAUACAGACCGAGAUGCAUUUAUUUCAUGGCUCUAUUCUGUCCAGAACUUGGAUGGUUCAUGGGACAUCAACCCAGGGGACCAUGACAACCUUUCAGUCACGGUUGAGGUCUAUCUCGCUUUAAGAAUCUUGGGUGUCUCGCGGAAAGAUCCUCAAAUGCGCAAAUCUCAAUCGUUCAUCCUUGCGGCAGGAGGAAUAGGAAACAUCUGUUUUAUUACCCGCAUUCAUCUUGCAAUGUUUGGCUUAUAUCCCUGGAAUGCCGUGCAGAGUCUUCUUCCCGAGUUGAUAUUCCUGCCCCAACAUAUUCUAAGCAGCAUAUGCUGCUGGCCAGCUAUGGAUCCGACAGCAUUGAUCCCCCUCCAUAUUCUCUGCCAUCAUCGCCCAAUCUUCCCAUUACCCAGUCAGGAAUGCCCAGCCAGCGCGUUCCUGAGUGAAUUGCGGUGCAAACCACAAGAACCGCAAGAGAAAGCCUUUUGCAGGGACAUUGCAAUAGCCUCAUCCUCCCCAGGCUUGAUUCUGCAUUUUCUGAAGCCGCUAAAAUACGUAUUUCCCCUCCGACGCUAUGCGCUCGAUCGGUGCGUUGGGUCCGUCCUUGAGACAGUGCGGGAAAUGGGAGGUACAGCGCAUCUGUCGCGGCCGUUGCACAUGGCGAUGCUUGCAUUAAAACUGGAGGGUUACUCGGUUCACUCGCAUCCUCUGCGCACAGGUCUGGACUAUCUCGGACAAUUUGUAUAUGAGGAUGAGAAUGGGAAGAGGGUGCUGAGUGGGAGUACAACCUUCUGCGACAGCAGUCUGAUGAUUACGGGCCUUACGGAGGCUGGCAUCGCAGUCGAUACUCCAUGGUUCAGGAAGUCUGUGCAAUGGAUGCAGCGUUGUUUACAUCCAGACGGCGAGAACAACACAUCCAAAUCUUUCGAGACUGGCAUCUUUCGUAUCGAUGAUGUGGCAGCAGCGAUUCAUGCAGUGCUUCGACAUGACCCUCUGAUGGUCCGCUCCGCCUUUGUCUCCAACGCCCUCGAAUGGCUUCUGAAGCGGCAGAAUGCAGAUGGUGGAUGGUCAUUUCCAAGCUGCAGUGAGACACUGAUUCGUCAAUCGACGCCAGACGUGACCGGUCGUGUCCUCGAAGCCUUCGGCUUGGUUCUAACGCUGAGUCGACGGAACAAGAAACUGGCUAGGCAAGGGAUAUUGAUCGAUCAUGUCGCAUCUGCUUCCCAAAGGGCGAUACACUACCUAUCCUUGACCCAGCAACCCUGCGGGGCCUGGUUUGGGUGCUGCAUCAGACAUCACAUUUACGCGACAAGCGCUGUCCUCCGCGCCUUGGCCUAUUUCAUCGGGGUCAAGGACCGCAACAGGUGGGCCGAGAGAGAUGACAGUAUCAACGACGACGUGUGCCAAGCGAUCCACUGGCUCCAGCGCGUCCGCAAUCCAGACGGAGGCUGGGGGGACAUUUCCUGGAGAGAAAAAGGUGGGAAGUCUACAGCGUCACAGACAGCUCUGGCACUCCUGGCGUUACUUCCUUACCUGUCGCCCAUGGAGAGCGUACUCCGAAAUGGCGUGGAGUAUUUGCUACAAACACAGACCAAGACACUCGUUGGAGGGGCAACAUGGAUGGAGGAUCAGUCGAUGAGGGCUGGUUCUUCCGCCUGCACAUAUAUCAGCUCUUCCUAUAGCUCGCAUUGUUUCCCCGUGAUGGCAAUUGGCAGGUAUGCACAAGCACUGAGGCAGUAUGAAUGUGGUGGCGAACCUAUCUUUUCCAGUGGGGCGGAGAAUGUAGGUACAAUAAGUCUGUAA